GUGAAGAGAGGGAGUGGGGCAGGAGGUGGAGUCAGUCGUGCCCAGCACCAGGGUGAGAGUGGUGGGGUUCAUACCAUUGACGGGUCGACUGUUUCGUGUUCUUGGCUGCGUGUGAUGGCGGGGUUACGGCUGUGGUUGGUAUCAACCCUAGUGUGUGGGUGGCUGACGCUGACCCUCCAAGGACACACUGGAGCCCUCCAUGAGGAGUCUCACCAGGAAGUCGACGAUCCUGCGAAACUACCGUACUUGACUCAAGAAGACAAUGGGAUUAUGGUAACUGUGUUAAUGACUGGCUUUGUACUAAGGCAAUGGUUGUACUGGGUAAUUUCCAUAGUUCCCUCUUAUACUAAAGAGUUGGAUAGUGGAGAGGCCCCAGCGUGGAUUAGGAGGGAAUAUCGUAUAUUUAAAGAUGUGCAACAAGAUGUUGAUAAAGGGGUCGAAUCGAUUGCUCCAAAAUCCCCCUUCAUACCAAAGUCCCUGAAAGAGUUCCAGUUUGCUGACACUACUAAAGAAAAGUUCGACAGUCCUAACAUUACGUUUACCAUCGACAAAAGUGUCCACCUAUUGGACAAGAUAUUCUCUUCUCCUCCUGCUCCUGAACACUUCGGCUUCAUUAUGGAUCACUACGCUGAGAAUCUCGACCAACUUCUAGGCACAACGCGCUUACGCGAGCUGUUUGGGAUCGUAAAAAUUACAGAUGAGAAUCUUGUAGGGUAUAUUGACUGGGUUAAGGAAGAAGUGAUCUCUGCAUUUGGAGAGUUGAAAAGACAACUUAUCAAAAGAUAUUCUAGUGGGAAACUCGUGGGUUCGAAAACGGAUAUUGUUAACGCGAUGGAUAAAAUAUUCAUAAUUUUCUGGCGCGUUCACAGUAAUCCUGGUUUACUAGGAGACACGCUUAAAACUGGGGUUAAAAUGCACAGCCUGAAAGACUUGGCCAUUACUACUCUGGGUGCUGUUAAAGGCGCACUAGAUUACUACCAAAUAGAACUCAAAAUGACUGCCAGUGUUGAUAGCGUGCCACUAGCCCUAAUUGUACCAGAGCUACAUCGUAAUCCCACUGCUCAUCUGCCAGCAGACUUUAUAAAGAAGCUCCUUAGACAGAGGAGGGAACCCAGAGGUACUACCUUAGCAAAGUACUCUACUAACGAUUUGUUUAAGAUACUUGGAAAAUACGAAGUGGAAAAAACAUUCGUAAUAUUCACUGUUGUGGUUAAUUCCCUAACUCACCAUGCAUGGCUUGAAAUUGAAAAACAUAUGGGACUGUUAAUAGAGGCGUAUCAGAAGAUCGGUGGCGCUCAGGCCUCUAACUUCACUUUGGACAUACCUACGCUGAAACGCUUACUUCAGUCGAAAGGACAGGGACACUUUGGACUCCCUGAAGACUUUCUUCGUAUAAUUAAAAAUCUGGGGUGGAAGAAAUCUCGAGGUAUUAGGACUCUUGGCUCUCUCCCAAGUAUCUUUCCUGAUUAUCAGGCUAGAGGAGGCUUCUGGAGCGUACUGAGAGCUUUCUUCGGCUACAAGGUUGCUGUUGAUGAAGCUGAUAAUGCUGUUGUAGUAACGCCUGAAGAGAAUCUAGAUGAAAUUAAUAAAUUCGAUUAUUUGAGCCUAGGCUGCCCUCUUGAAGCUGACCCAGAUUGUCCCUUACAUGAUGAAAGGAAUCGACCAAUAGUUCCUGUGUACCAGGGAUCACCACCGCCUACAGUACAGCCCACUGGUAAGUAUGCAACACGAAUGACCAUGGAUACAACUUUACUAGAGAUCGAAGACGUAAAAUUCUGGGAGGACUACAUUGGAGACCUAAGGAAGCUAGGCUCCUCCGUUGUGGCAGCCUCCUCAUGGGAAGAGGCUCGCACCGGCCUCGGACUAUCAGUGACCCAUCACCAGCCCACAGACAAUGGAACGCUCGUCAAUGCAACGAUUAUAGAGAUGAUGAAGUGCUUGACGGGACCAAUGUGCGCGGACUGUAAAACAUAUGUAAAAUACCAAUCUGGAGAACCGCUCUGCUGCUAUGCCUGCUUGACUAGGCGAAACUACUUGGAAAUCGAAGAAGAUAGAUGUGUUUGCUACUACGGCCCGUAUGCUCCCUCGAAGUCGGUCGUUUAAAUUUUAGUACAAAUGUAAGAAUUUAUAAUUAAAGUUACACUAGUUAAC